UCGCCCCCCUGCGUCACCCCUCCUGUAUGUGUGCCUGCUGCGUGAAAACGGAGCGCUGAGUUUCUGAGCUGAUCGGGGGACGGAGGAGCAGGCGACCGCAUCAAUGUUUUCCCUCACGGACUGACGCUCCGUGCGCAUCUCUAUGAGGUAAGUGUGAAAGACCGGGCCGCCAAGAUGGGGAACUGAUAAUUCCGGGGAACACUGAAGGACACCCGAGACGCGCAGCUUUCAGUCGGACUACAGAUAUAACAGACUCAGGAGGACAACGGUGACUUUAACAAGACCUCUUGCCCCCAAUCAAACCAGUGACAAACUGAAAACCAUGACGGCCAUCAAUGCACCUCAGGACAAAUACCGUGCAGUAUGGAUUAUUUUCUUCAUCCUGGGCUUGGGAACCCUCUUACCGUGGAAUUUCUUCAUGACAGCAACAGUUUACUUCACAGACAGACUGAAAGACCCAUCGAUGAACCACACCAAUGGAACGUUAGCUCGCACCGUGCUGGAAUCAAAGUUCAACAACGUCAUGACGCUGUGUGCCAUGGUGCCUCUGCUCGUUUUCACCUGCCUCAACUCCUUCAUACACCAGAGGAUUCCUCAGAAGCUGCGUAUCUCAGGCAGCUUGACCGUUAUCUUCCUAGUUUUCGUGCUGACAGCUAUACUGGUCAAAGUGGACAUGAAACCUUUGCCCUUCUUCACCUUCACUAUGAUUAAAAUUGUCUGCAUCAACUCAUUCGGAGCGAUUUUUCAGGGCAGUCUGUUUGGGCUUGCUGGGAUUCUGCCUGCCUCCUACACCACUCCCAUUAUGAGCGGACAGGGUCUGGCUGGCACCUUCGCUGCCUUCUCCAUGAUCUGCGCCCUGGCCAGUGGAUCCGAACUGCAGGACAGUGCUUUUGGUUACUUCAUCACAGCCUGUGUUGUUAUUCUUCUUGCCACAACGUCCUACUUCAUGCUGCCUAAGAUGGAGUUCUUCCAGUACUUCAUGGAGAGUAAUGGAUCACGGUGUGCUGAUGAGGAAAACAAGAUGGAUUUACUGAAGAAAGAAAAACAACUGGGGACGAAUCUGAUGGAGGAAGACACCAGUGCCGGCAGAUCUGUGUUUAUCAUCUUCAAGCAGAUCUGGGUGAUGGCUCUGUCUGUCUGCUUUAUCUUCACCGUCACCAUUGGAACGUUUCCAGCAGUGACCGCCGAGGUCAAGUCCACAAUAGCGAAUGGCACCGGCUGGGAAACGUACUUCAUCCCCGUGUCGUGUUUCCUCCUCUUCAACUCGAUGGACUGGGCUGGCAGGAGUCUGACGGCCGUCUGCAUGUGGCCGGGUAAGGACAGCGUCUUGCUUCCUGUCCUGUGUGGCCUGAGAGUAAUCUUCAUCCCGCUCUUCAUGCUGUGCAACGUCCAGCCACGGUUGUACCUCCCCGUGCCGUUUGCUCACGACGCUUGGUACAUCAUCUUCAUGAUCCUGUUCUCCUUCUCCAACGGAUAUUUGGCCAGCCUCUGCAUGUGCUUCGGACCCAAGAAGGUCCCACAGCAUCAGGCGGAGACAGCGGGCGCCAUCAUGGUCUUCUUCCUGUCCCUCGGCUUGGCGCUGGGCGCCACGGUCUCCUUUGCUGUCCGGGUCUUGAUCUAAAUCCUGAAUUUGAUGUACAUAAGACCGCCUCAACCUCGUCUCCUUAACUUAUCAUGAGCCUGUCUGUGUGGAGAUAAAACCAGAGAAGAGUCUGGUCUUCGCCAUGGUUCAGCAGGGAUUCAUCUUGCUGAAAAGAGAUCAAAUAUAUUAAUUCGGUGUUUAAAUUUUCUUUUCAUUUCAGAUACAGGAAAUCCUUUCAGGAAAUCUAAACCAAAAGUGUGACAAACAUUAUAGAGGAUACAGAUGCGGCAGUUAUAAUCUUCUAUUGUCCUUUGUGUUAGAUUUUCAAAUAUGACAGAAACCUCAUUAAAGGCAUUCAGAUAACUUCUGAUCACAGCUGCAUAAAUAAUGUUGUGAGAUGCUACUCCUCAGCUUGUCGAUAUUUAUAACCAGUAAGUGUAAGCUGGGAGGAUUAUUAUGAUGUUAGUAUAAAGAAUGUAAAAGUGCCACUUCAUGCUGGACUGUUGGACCUUGUGAGCAAACCAAAUACACAAAGACAACAUGGGAACACGAUGAACUCUGAAGGGAAGCUUCAUCACUG